AUGUCAAAAGCUCGAAGAACUCGAAAAUUUGCUGCACAGAAGCGAAUGAUCGCUUUGACGGACUCUAGAAUAAAAAAACAAGACCAACACAAGAAGCUUGUGAACCCUUUGAAAAAGAACGUUCAGCGCAUUUCUAUCAAGCACAACCCAGAAGUGUUCCCGCGGUUAAAGGAUUCAUACAACGAAGCAUUGGGUCCUCCGUACCAUAUACUCUUGGAUACAAACUACAUUAACUUUUCCAUCAAGAACCGUCUUGACCUGUUCCGAUCGAUAAUGGACUGCUUGUUGGCCAAAUGCUUCCUGUACGUCACCGACUGUGUGAUGGGUGAAAUCGAGAAAAUGCCCGAACGCUAUCGUGUCGCCCUAAAGAUUCUUCGUGAUGAACGUAUUCAGCGAUUGACUUGUCAGCAUCGCGGGACAUACGCAGAUGAUUGUCUUGUUGAACGCUGCCAAGCUCGGUGUUAUAUUGUCGCGACAUGUGACAAAGACCUGAAAAGAAGAAUACGCAAGAUAACCGGAGUUCCAAUAAUGUAUAUACGUGGACAUCGUGUGACCAUAGAGAAGAUGCCAAUGGCACUUGGUGCUCCGAAACUU